UGAAAUCUAAUAAGAUUGAUGAAGAGGUCGCAUAUCCAAUAGCGUUUGAGAUUCUAGAAGGGGAAACUUGAAGACAAAGUCACAAAGCAAAGCAGAAAUCGAUCAACACACGCUGCUCGUGUCCACCGAUAACUUGAGCUGAAUCUGCAACCUCAAAGGAGAGAAAUAAAAAAAUAAAAAUAAAAAGAUGUACGUAGAUCACGCAUUCUCGAUUUCUGAUGAGGACAUGAUGAUGGAAACAUCGUACACUGCGAACAACAAACCACCCAUCAAGGAGAUCGCACUCGCCGUUUCUCUUCUCGUUUUCGGAACCCUAGGCAUCAUCAUCGGUUCCCUCAUGGCUUACAAUCACGUCGGCGGCGACACUGCUCACGGUCUCUUCUUUGCAAUACUGGGAUCAAUCUUGUUCAUACCAGGUUUCUACUAUACGCGGAUUGCAUAUUAUGCUUACAAGGGAUACAAAGGAUUCUCUUUCUCUAACAUACCUCCUGUAUAGCUUAUGUCAAGUUAUAUCUUUGUGUAUAGAUCUUCUAUGGUUUCAACUUUUUUUUGUUCCCCUUUUAUUUUAUUUGUUAUGCCUUACAUCGAAUGUAUAUUUACAUUGACUACAAAUGUUCUGAACAAAUAUAUUUACAGCUGCUAAGAUACUGCGUUGCUCUAUAGAAUGAAUAAUCAAUCUUCCUGCUAUGAAA